AGCUCACGGCUCCGUUGUGGUAUCAACUAUUGUUGCACACUUUUGGUUUUUUGUUGUUUUUAACAGUAAUCCCUCAGAUAAAAGCAUUGAGAAGUCACUCAAUUUCCUGACUUAGUAAAUUGAAAAGUUUGGCGGCGAGAGAUUUGAGUUGAUUGAAGCAAGUCAAGGAAUAUUUUUCGUUUUUUCGUUCUAUUGUUCGUUUCAUACAGUGCUCGAAGGAGAGAAAUUUUUAAGUAAAUUGCGGAGAUUCUUAUCCGGUCUUGUAAAAUUCGUGAAUCACAAUUGAAUUGAAGGAAAUUAUCGUGUAAAAAUAUCCUGUGGUCCUUGAAAAUCAUCAGUAAAAAUGGCAACAUACGCAACAUUUAAACAUGUUGAAUUGUAUAAUGUUGGAAACACAAAAAAGAGGGUUCUGAAGCCACCGGGUGGCGGAACGAGUGACAUUUUUGGCGGAGAAUCAUCCAUGGAGACACCAAGGACCGUCAAAAAUCGCAUGGCAUCGAAUAUCUUUGGCGAAACAGGCUCUUCCGUCUCCAAGAAUGUUCAACAAGGAAUCUAUAGAUACUUUUUUCUUGGCGAACGGCCACGUGCAGUCGUGAACUCUCACAAUCGCCUCUUCGGUGAACCCGAUCGCAUUCAGACACCUCUGAAGAAUAGAAUGAAGAGCAACAUCCCAAUCGGCGACACUGUGGAUAAGGGUAUCAAUGGGCAUGCGAAUGGACACUCUGCAGGCACUCCAUCGCCCAAGAUAAAUGGACACAGUGUCAACGGUGGCGGUAGCAGCAAAAUGAUGGAAAAUGGUGUGGAGCACAUUAACGGGACAAAAGCGGGCACCUUCUUGAGGAGAAGAAAGCCUGAUGACAGUCCCUUCUUGGUGUCAUCUCGUUCCACAGCAUCUAAUGCUUCCAGUCCAAUGUCGUCCAUGUCGACAAGAUCAGGAAACUCUUCCGCAUCCGCCAAGCAAUUGUUCGGGAAUGAUUGCUGUGCGAUGAAUGGUGGCUUCAAUCGACCCAAAUACUCACCAAGAAAUCCCGUGACCGGUUUGGGGCUCAAUGAGCCGAUGAAUCGUGUGAGGAAGUUGGGAAGCAAUAGAAGAGAAGGAAAUCCAGUGACUGGAGAAGGUUAUAAGCCGGCUGGAACGGAAAUCAAUACAUCGAUUCCCAGUUUGAAUGGCGCCAAUCAAGUGAUCAUCAAGAACAGAAUCCCUCCGGGAGGAUUUUCUUCUGGCCUGUGGUAAAGCGAGCGCACUCGCGACGAUAGAGUGUCUCCAGUGGAAGGAUUAUGAUGAUGUUAUGACGGAUGUUUUUUGUCGUGAAACACUUUCCAAAUCGUUCGACCAUUUCUCUUUGAAGAUGACACAAGCAAUUUACACACAAGGAAAAGAAAAGAGGGACAGGAUGUAAAGCUGCAAUCUUUGGAUUUAACACUCUGAAAAAGGAGAUCAAAUUAUUUACUGUAUUUAUUGAAGAACAAACAAAAAAAAAAGGUGAAGGACACUGGAAAAAUGGGACUUCUUGAAGACUUUGUUCUCUUCAAUUCUGACUCACCUUCGGCAGAACUGUUGAAUAUUAAGCUAAAAUAAAGAUUUACAUGCAAGACACAAAAAUUAACGACUGCAAAUACUAUGUUUUACAAUAUAAGCUUAAUUUUACAAUGUUCUAACAUUUUCAGUAAGGUUUUUUCACGUGUUUUUUCUACGUUUUCUUUUUAGCUAUAUUAUUCACUAUUUAUUGCUUUCCUGCAUCACCAAUAAAAAGUGGUGAGAUGAAAAACUAUUUAGAGACAAUGAUGUUUUUUCAUUGGAGAUUAUUCUGGGCUGAGAAAUUCCUUUGAAUAGUGAAAAAUUUCAAAUGAAGUAUAUAAAGUGAAAAGCUCCACAUUUUGAUGUAAUGUGAAUUCAAUCUUCCCCUCUAAGAAAAAUCCGUAGCAAUGAAAUUGAUUAGAAAAGAUACACAUUUCAUAGGAAUCCAAGAUAGAAGAUGAAUUUAGCAAAUAAUCUUAUAUUUUACUAACAUUUGAAAUAUUUACAUAAAUAUAAGUGUCAUUUGUAUUAAUUACUAUUAAAUGAUAACGUGAAAAAUGGGAGAUAAUAGCAAAAGGAAACUGAUGAAAAAUUAUAAUAAUCGUUGAUAGAAGUAUGAAGGAGAGAUAAGUAAAUAUUCAAAAAAGGUUUGUAGUGUGUAGAGUGUUUUCAAUAAUACAAGAAAAAUGAUCAAGAUUUAAAGAAGAAAAAGAUGCAUUGAGAGAUGAUUGUGAUUGACCGUUUAGACGAUGUUUCGGGUAAUUAAAGAAUUUUACUGAUUCUUCUCUGAACAAAUUUAAAUUAAAAAAUUACUUUUAUGAUUGAGUAUCACUUGAAAAUAUUUUUGAUCGACAAGAGAAAGCUUUUUUGAUUAGAUAUUGUAUAAAAAAGAUCAGUUCUCAUAUAUUAAUUGCAUGCAACUGCAUUUAGUUGUACGCAACCAAUGAUUUUUUAUGUGUAAUAUUUAAUCAGAAAAUCUUCGUAUAUCGAAUAGAAAAUUGGUGUGGCCUUUAGAAGAGAAGAAGAAAAAAAAUGUUUGAAAAGAAAUUUUAAACACAAAAAAUCGUGGGGACAAAUAGAAAGAAAAGUGCCUUUUUCUUCUAUAAAAAUACGCAAGAAAUCGAUGGGAAAUGCGAAGAAAAUGAUUAUUUCCAAUGUAACAUGCCACAGAGUUUUUUUUUCCUUAAGCAUAUCGCAUUGUAUUUUAGUUUUGACGUAAUUUUAUGAUUUAUACAGAAAAUCUUAUAAUUACACUCUUGAGUAAUUAAUAAAUUUUAAAAUGAG